CGCCUUCACGCCCCUCGAGUCGCUGUUCCUGUUCCAGAGCCUGCUUUCGCAGGGGGUCGACGGCGGGGCGUUUGCGCGCAUCUCGGAGCUGCUCAGGGGGAACCCUCUGAUCAGGAGCGGCGAGACGUACGAUGCCGCGCGGCUGACGCCCGAGGCGCUGCAGCAGCAGUUUCUGGGCUUGCUGCGGGACGAGCUCAAGGGCGGCGAUGCGGAGCGCGCCGAUGGGGGGCAGACGACGACAGCGGCGGCGGGAGGGGGAGGAGGAGGAGGGGAUGGGACGGGGUCGCCCCCUGGGUCGUUGAAGAGGAAGCUGGGGAGCCAGGCCGUGCCGACGCUCAAGGACAUCUACGACAAUAUCGAUGUUUUGCCGGCGAUUAUCGACCGGCUGUACGCGCGGUAUCGAGACCACAUGGUUGGGCUGAUCCGCGAGGACGAGCGAAGGCUGGCCGUCUUGCAGCGGGAGAUUCAGCUGCUGGAGCGCAGCGAAAAGGAGCGCCUUGCCAAGGUGGCCGCCAGCCAGAAUGUCACGCCGAGUCCGACUCCACGAGAUCCGAGGACGGCUGCGAUGGCAGCGGUGCCGACGACGGCAUCUGGAGUGCCCUCAAUCGCCGCUCCGUUACCGUUACCACCUACGAAUGGAGCACCUCCUACGCCUUCUCCAGCACAGACAUCGACGACGACGGCGCCUCCAGCCAUCAGAAAGGGACCGACCCCGAAUACGCCUGUGCCGCCGCCGAAACCACCCGUCUUUGCCGCUGCAGCGCCCAAGAUCCCUGUGCAGGGCCAGCUGGCCCCUGCGGCGACGCCUUCGCGCCCAACUGCCUCGCCGAAACCGCCGCAUGCAGCGUCUCCCGUGCUCCAAGCGCCCACCGGGGCUCCAACGCCUCAGCCGGGCAUUCAAGUGCUGCAGCCGCCGACGCAGCAGCCGCCGAAUCAGAGUGUACCCCCGCCCCGGCCAGAGUCUGCUGCACCGCAACCUCCAGCCGCGCCGGGAGCUGCUCCCGCUCAGGCUGGAUCGCUCAAGUGGGAGAAGCCGUAUCAGCCUCCGCCUACGACGCAAGCUCCCCCGGCCGAGCAGCAGUUCUCACCGCCGCUUCUGUCUACGCCGAGCAAUGCCGCUCUGCAGAAGCCUCAUUCGCCCGCGCAGCAGCACCAACCUCUUCCUUUGGCCGCUCAUCAACAACAGCAGCAGCAGCAGCAGUGGCAACAACAUCCGCAACACCCACAAGCACCUCCACAGCAUCCUCAACAUCCACAGCAUCCGCAGCAUCCACAGCAUCCGCAGCAUCCACAGCAACCGCAUGUGCAAUAUCCUACGCAUCCAUCCCAAUCACCACAUGGACAGGUAGCACACCCGCCACGUCCCCAACCGCAACUUCAAUCACAGCCUCAACAGCAGCAGCAGCAGCAGCAGCCUCAGCAGCAGCAGCCGCGGCCGCCCGUUGCAAAGCCUGUUUUGGUCCCUCCUCAGCCUGCCAGCCAGCUGGCUGCCCCUCUACAGCCGGGGCCUCCGCGCGCAGCCGGUCCAGGGCCUACGCAGCAAGUCCGUCCGCCAUCGACGACACCACCGACCGCGGGCCGUCCCAUUCAGCCUCAGCAACAACCUCAGCCUCACCCUCAGCAGCAACAGCAGAGCCAGCAGACAGCACCCCAGCACCAGCAUAUCCAGAGAGCAGUGCAGGCUCAGCCAUCCUUGCUGGCUCAGAAGUUCCAGCACAUCCCGAGAAUCCAGACACCGCGGCCAAUUGCUUCCGCAAAUUCUCCCAAGGGGUCGCCUUCGGUCACCGCUGCUGGAUCUCCGGUUGCGAACAAGGGAGUUGCUCCUGGAGCUGCUGCAACGCAACGAUGGCAGCCGGGCGCUCCCCCAGUACAGCAAGGAGCUGCUCCUCCUCGGCCUGCUCCAUCCCCUGCACUCGCGGCCAAGGACAACAAGCCGCAGGGCACACCGUAUGGUGCCCAAGCGCCGCGCCCUGCGAUCCCAGAGCACAUGAUCCGGCAGGCAGCCGCUACGCCGGGACCUGUGAGACGACUUAGUCCAGCAUCUCCAGCACCACGGACGCCAGCACCGUCAAGUCCUGUAUCUCUUAAGCGUGGAUUUGGAACCAAGUGGGCAUCUCACUCGACUCCGUCUACACCUGGCCCGAUUGUCUCAGAGCCGGAGAGCCCGGCUUAUGAACCAGUUAGUCCUCCACUGCAGCGGCCCACGCUCGCAAAAGACUCUGCAGCCAAGGCGGUCCCUAAGAUGGCCGUGCCAAAGCCAGCUGCCACCGUGGAGGCAACCCCUCUAGCAAAGGCACCACGAGGUCGACCACCGCGAUCAGUGCACAGAAGCCGCGGGCCUAGCGCGACGCCGUCUGCCACGGGAACGCGGCGAAGCCAGUCUGUAAUCAGCCAGACAGACGAGCUGUCUCUCGAUCACUCGAUGACCAAGGUGAAGAAGGAGGCGGCGGCGACACCACGCCUUAGGGAGGAGACUGGGGACACGACUGCGGAUGAGAGCAUGCCCGGACGGGGGGGCACCAUGGGUACUCCCAGCAGUAUGACCCGUGCAUCUAAGCGCAAGCGGCAGGAUACUCCUACUGACCUUCAAGGCCCUCCCACGCACGUGCUGUGGACGCGAGGCUUCACAAAAGUGUCCUCGUCGGCCCUCGACCAGAUCUCGAGCCACCGCGACGCCAACAUGUUUGCCACGGCCCUGCGGGAGAAGGACGCGCCCAACUACCGGCAGAUUGUCCUCCAACCGCAGGACAUCACGUCGAUCCGCGCCGCCAUCAAGGCCGGCAACAAGGCGGCGCUGCAGGCGGCGGCGAACCUGCCGGGCGGCGAUCCGGGCACGGCCAGCGUCUGGCUGCCCAUCUCGGACGACCUCGUCCCUCCCCGAGGGAUCAUCAACAGCGCGCACCUCGAGCGCGAGCUGGUGCACAUGUUCUGUAAUGCGAUCAUGUACAACCCCGAUCCGGAUCGCGGCCCCGGGCCGGCCUUUAUGAGGCGGUCGCAGAGCGACGAGGAGGAGGUCGUGGGCUACCGGCUCGACGAGAACGGGGUGGUGAAGAACACGCAGAGCAUGUUCCUCGAGGUGGAGAAGCUGCUGGGGGACCUGCGGGCGGCGGAGAAGGACCGCGGCAUCCCGCCCAUCUCGACGACGAGGCAGGGUAGCGUGGCGACGCCGGCGGCCGAGGACACGGCCGAGGAGGAGGACGAGCUCGCGGGCGACGGGGACUCGACG